CUGCUCUGGAUGUAGACUGGCAGAACAACACUACUUUUGCCUCCUGCAGCACUGACAUGUGCAUUCACGUAUGCAGACUUGGCUGUGAUCGUCCUGUUAAAACCUUUCAAGGACACACAAAUGAGGUUAACGCAAUCAAAUGGGACCCAUCUGGCAUGCUACUAGCAUCUUGCUCCGAUGAUAUGACAUUAAAGAUUUGGAGUAUGAAGCAAGAUACCUGCGUACAUGAUCUUCAGGCUCACAGCAAAGAGAUUUAUACUAUCAAAUGGAGUCCUACAGGACCAGGCACCAGCAACCCAAACUCCAACAUCAUGUUAGCAAGUGCUUCGUUUGAUUCCACUGUUCGGCUGUGGGACGUUGACCGGGGAGUCUGCAUCCAUACAUUAACAAAACAUCAAGAGCCUGUCUACAGCGUAGCUUUUAGUCCUGAUGGAAAAUAUCUAGCCAGUGGGUCCUUUGACAAAUGUGUCCAUAUAUGGAAUACUCAGAGUGGAACUCUAGUACAUAGCUACCGAGGCACCGGGGGCAUCUUUGAAGUCUGCUGGAAUGCUAGAGGAGACAAAGUGGGAGCAAGCGCAUCAGACGGAUCGGUUUGUGUUCUAGAUCUGCGGAAGUAAAAAUGAGAUGUUUUAGAAGAAAUUUCAAAUGGACCAGCAGUGAAUGUGUGGGGAGAAGCACUCUUCAAAACUAUUCUUAACAGCUCCAGAACUGUACGAACUUGAACAAAGUUAGAGUGUACCGUGAAACCAACUCUCCCUGACCACAGGUGUCUAGUAUUUUGUCCGUAACCUUCAUCAAGGAGUAAAAACACAGUCACUUCAGAGGGGGAGGGAAUGGUUUCCACCUGGAACAUUCAGCCUUGGAAGCAUGAAGCCACCAGCUUGGCAUUGCACUGUUUGGUUUGCGUCUGAGAACUUGCUCUGAUGGCUGGGGAAAAAAAGCUGUGCCAAAAAAAAAAAUUAAUAAAAAAAAAAAAAGAAAAA